CUCUGAAUAUGUCAAACGAUGUCGCUGGUGCGACGUUCAUGGCAGCGGCGACGUCAGCACCAGAACUCUUCGUGAACGUGAUAGGGACGUUCAUCACGGAGGGAGAUUUGGGCGUAGGAACAAUCGUAGGAUCGGCGGUUUUCAAUAUACUGGCAGUGGCAGCUUGUUGCGGAAUUGGCGCCGGUAUGGUCGUCCCAUUGGAUUGGUGGCCCUUGACUCGCGACUGCUUGGCGUACGGAAUAACAGUAUCAAUACUGAUCUGCAUAAUUCAUGAUGAACGUGUGGAAUGGUACGAAGCACUAACUCUGGUGCUUCUUUAUAUAGUGUACAUUGCAGUAAUGUACUAUGACAAAUGCUAUUGGCCUAAUAAAAUCAUUCAGAAACUCUUUGUAGCAUGGGUGGUGACGUGGCCAAUUCAUCUGGUUUUCCUAUUUACAAUACCAGACUGUGAACGAAAGGGUCUUCGUUCCUGGUUUCCUCUGACCUUCAUCAUGUGCAUCAUUUGGAUUGGAUCUUUGUCGUAUGUCGUCGCCUGGAUGAUUACUAUAAUUGGUGACACAUUAAAAAUACCAGAUUCAGUGAUGGGCAUAACUUUCUUAGCCGCAGGAACCAGUGUACCUGAAGCAGUAUCAAGUGUAAUUGUAGCAAAACAAGGUCACGGAUCCAUGGGCAUCUCAAAUUCAAUAGGUUCCAAUACUUUCGACAUUUUGUUAUGUUUAGGCCUGCCAUGGCUUAUUAAAGCAGCUUUACUACCUACAGAACCUGGUCAACAUUGGGUGGGAAUCAACUCGGCUGGUUUAGAGUAUUCUGCGAUAUCGUUACUGUCUACGCUGUUGAUGUUGUACAUCGCUUUCUCAAUUAACAAAUUCAAGCUGGAUAUGCGUGUAGGCAGAGCCUGCUUAUUAAUGUAUGCCGUCUUCCUGGUGCUGGCUAGUCUUAUCGAACUAAAUGCAUUCUUCAGAGUCAACUUACCAACAUGCGGCAGAGAAGGAAACUGACGCAAUGAAGACACGCAACAAAAGGAUUAGGUGCAGCUAUCCUUCAUUUAC